UCACAGAGGGAUAACGGCAGCCCAGGAAGAAGAAGACAACGGCUCACCGGGGUGCAGGUCCAGACCCCACCACCGUUCCGGGAUCACUUGUGUGGCCGAACAUGAUGCUUCUUCAGCCCACAUACAGCAUCGUCAGCCUGCCGCUGUGCAUGCUGGCGGGCUUCAGCGUGCUACUACUGGAGGUGGCGGCGUCCCAGCAGGGGAUCCCUCUGUCAGUCGUAAAACUGUGGGCAUCAGCUUUUGGUGGAGAGAUUAAAUCCAUUUCUGCCAAAUAUUCUGGAUCCCAGCUGCUGCAAAAGGAAUUGUGGGCGAUCACAGUGCCACGUCCUGGGAGCAACUCCAGUUCAGAGGCCACGUCUUCCUCGGCAAAAGGCAGUGGCAGGAUUAAUUCUCGAAUCUCUGCUGCAUGUCCCGGAGUGUGGGAGGAAGGCGGAACAAGCAGAGUGAAUCCACGGAGAUAUGGCGAAAGCAUACAAACGGCAUUUCGAAAACGACUCCAAGCACAAAACCAGGGACCACCUUGUCCUGAGAAGUACAAACCACCAGAAAAAUCAGUCAGAGUGGAAGAAAUCGAUGGUGUGAAGUUCGUGAAAAACCUAGCGGUGAAAAUGGAGGAAAUGUUCCGCAAAAAGGCAGAAGCCACCAGGAGGCUGGUGGAGGCUGCAGAAGAGGCACAUCAUCAACAUAAAGAUAAUCCAGAUCUGCAGUACGAGUACUUCAACGCCGUGUUGAUCAACGAAGUGGACGGCGAGGGCAACAACGUGGAGCUGGGCGGAGAGUUCCUCCUCGAGCCAAAUGACCACUUCAACAAUCUGUCAGUCAACCUCAGUCUCAGCGUCGUGCAGGUGCCCACCAACAUGUAUAACAAAGAUCCGGACAUAGUGAACGGGGUCUACUGGUCCGAAGCCCUGAACAAAGUGUUUGUGGACAAUUUUGAAAGAGAUCCCACUCUCAUCUGGCAGUACUUUGGUAGCGCAAAGGGUUUCUUCAGGCAAUACCCUGGGGUUAAGUGGCAUCCAGAUGAAAACGGGGUUAUAGGCUUUGACUGCCGGAACCGGAAGUGGUACAUCCAGGCUGCAACUUCACCCAAAGAUGUUGUCAUCUUAGUCGAUGUCAGUGGAAGCAUGAAAGGAUUGCGACUGACCAUCGCCAGACAAACGGUCUCCUCAAUUUUAGACACACUGGGAGAUGAUGACUUUUUUAACAUUAUUGCCUAUAAUCAGAACAUUCAUUACGUGGAGCCUUGUUUGAAUAGCACGCUGGUGCGGGCAGACAGAACCAAUAAAGAUCAUUUUCGUGAGCAUCUGGACAAGCUGUUUGCCAAAGGGAUUGGACUCCUGGGGCAAGCAUUGACUGAAGCGUUCACAAUCCUGAGUGAUUUCAAUCAGACUGGUCAUGGAAGUGUGUGCAACCAGGCCAUAAUGCUUGUGACGGACGGGGCAACUGAAAUGUAUGAUGAUGUUUUUGAGAAGUACAACUGGCCAGAAAGAAAGGUACGUAUAUUCCCCUACCUGAUUGGACGGGAGUCUGCCUUUGCCGAUAACCUGAAAUGGAUGGCAUGCGCCAACAAAGGAUAUUUCAGUCAGAUUUCCACGUUAGCAGAUGUUCAAGAGAACGUGAUGAGGUAUCUGCAUGUCAUGAGUCGCCCCAAGGUUAUCGACCACGAACAUGACACCGUGUGGACCGAGGCUUACGUGGACAGUGCACUUUCCCAGGCACACAAGUUCAAUGACAAAGCGGGCCCAAGUCUGAUGACAACAGUCGCCAUGCCUGUCUUCAGUACUAAGAAUGAGACGAAGAAUCAGGGUAUUCUGUUGGGGGUCGUCGGAACAGACAUCCCUCUGCAGGAGCUGAUGAAGCUCAUUCCCAAACAUAUGUUAGGGAUCCACGGGUAUGCGUUUGCCAUCACAAACAAUGGCUAUAUCCUGACGCAUCCGGACCUGAGGCCUUUGUAUCAGGAGGGCCAGAAGAGGAGAAAGCCCAACUACAGCAGCGUGGAUCUCUCUGAGGUGGAGUGGGAGGACAAAGACGACAUUCUACGCAACGCCAUGGUGAACAGGAGGACAGGGACCUUCUCCAUGGAAGUGAAGAAGACGGUUGAUAGAGGGCGGCGUGUAUUGAAGAUGCACAAUGACUAUUACUACACCGAUAUCAAAGGCACUCCAUUCAGUGUUGGAAUAGCCCUCUCGAGAGGCCACGGCAAGUUUUUCUUCAGAGGAAACGUAUCAGUUGAAAAAGGGCUCCGUGAUCUGGAACAGCCAGAUGUCGCCCUGGCAGAUGAAUGGACGUACUGCAACACCGAGGAACAGCACGAGCACCGUCAUCUGACUCAGAUUCAAGCUAUCAAGCUCUUCAUGACGGGUCGCAAGCCAAACCUCAAGUGUGACCGAGAGCUGAUCAAGGAAGUGUUAUUUGAUGCUGUUGUCACUGCUCCGCUCGAGGCCUACUGGACUGGACUGGCUCUCAACAAAUCAGAGAACUCGGACAAAGGAGUCGAGAUCGCCUUCCUGGGCACGCGCACUGGCCUGUCAAGAACUAACCUGUUUGUGGCUGCAGAUCAGCUCUCCAAUCGAGAUUUCCUAACAGCGGAGGACAAGGAGGGUGUGUUUAACGCAGAUCACUUUCCUCUAUGGUACAAGCGAGCGGCGGAGCAGAUCCCAGGCACAUUUGUUUACUCCAUCCCCUUCAGCACAGCUUUGGAGAAUAAAAGUGUUGUUUUGGCAAGCACAGCAAUUCAGCUCCUUGACGACAGAAAAUCACCAAUCGUCGCAGCUGUGGGGCUUCAGAUGAAGCUCAAGUUCUUUCAGAGGAAGUUUUGGACCGCCUGUAGACAGUGUACAGCUCUGGAUGGAAAAUGCAGCAUAAGCUGCGAAAGCGAGGACAUCAACUGCUACCUCAUUGACAACAAUGGCUUCAUUCUCGUCACGGAGGAGCAAUCACAGACAGGGCUGUUCUUUGGCGAGGUGGAAGGUGCCGUCAUGAACAAACUCCUCCAAAUGGGCUCGUUCAAAAGGAUCACCCUCUAUGACUACCAGGCCCUCUGCAGAGAGUACGCCGGAAGCAGCGACAGUGCCCGCACUUUGUCAGAUCCAUUCAGUGUUGUCAAGUGGCUCCUGACCGAACUUGUCAUUUUUCUGCUGGAAUUCAACCUGUACAGCUGGUGGAAUGUUGAUCUUUCAGUCAAAGCUCAGAGAUCUCGGGGUAAGGCCACGAUGGUGCCAUGCGACACAGAAUACCCCGCCUUUGUCUCAGAACGCACCAUUAAAGAGACCACCGGAAACGUGGAAUGUGAUGGCUGCGUCAGAUCCUUUGUCAUACAGCAGAUCCCCAGCAGCAAUCUCUUCAUGGUUGUCGUGGACAACACAUGCGACUGCAGCAAAACUCCACCAGUGACGAUGGAUCCCGUUGAGAUCAUGUAUAAUGAAUCGCUGAAGUGUGACAGACUGAAGUUUCAGAAAGACAGAAAGAAGCCGGAAUCAUGUCAUCCUUUCCACCCUGAGGAAAAUGCCAUGGAGUGCGGUUCGGCUUCACGUCUCUGCAGUCCUCUCUCGGCAGCUUUGCUCCUCUUCAUAGCGGCGAGUGUCAGCAGGUGACCAUCAGCAGCAGAAGUUUGCAGCAACCCCGAAAGAAUUUAACAACAAAAUACCUUAAAAAUAAAAACAUGUAGGAAACAAGGCCAAUCGCAAAUAAUUUCUUUGCAUUUCUGCAGGAAGCGCUUUCGUGAGAACAAAAUUGUAACUCACACUGAGACACGUCCAUUCAUGCAAGAAACUUGUAGGCGGUAUUUGGCAAGUACAGUAUUUCUAGAUUAUGCCACUAAGAGUUCACUAUGGUGAUACAAGUUAUUUGUGCAAUGGACAAAUUUGUCUUUGCUGUGACAACUUUUGCUGUAUGUAUUAAAGAAUGCAGAACAGAUCAGAAAGUAGUUUGGGCAACAGGUUGCUGAAACACUCUUAUCAUAUCUAUUUUUCCUCAUACGAUAUAUUUUACUUUUAUCCAUGUGGAACAUGUAAAAAUAUUAACAAGAAAUAAGAGCACUUUAACUUGCUUUAUUCUGCCAUUUGUCAUAGUCAGACACACUGCAGAUGCACGUUUUAACAGUGUGCUCAAAGAAUGUUAAAUGAAUAUCCGCAGUCUGAUUAAAACGAUCAUGAAUAAAGACAUUUUUUCUU